CUUUUCGGCACCAGAUGUAACCGCUGUGAUCUGCCGUUCGAUCGGAGUGAAUUGGUGAUGCGAGCGAGACAAGCCGUUUACCAUGUGGCAUGCUUUUCAUGUGUGGCUUGUGAAAGGCAGUUAAAGACUGGGGAUGAGUUCCAGAUUAAAGGGAAUUCCUUGUAUUGUCGAGCAGACUGUGAAGCGGGGAAUGUUCCUGAGCCUUCUUCAAUACCAACUCCCUCAAUGUUUGCCAAUGACGAUUCUUGGGAAACUUCUACGAUGACGUCACUGGAUCCAACAAAUAGCCCUCCGCUUUCUGUGCGCUCUCCCAAGUCUGAUGACAUGAACACUCCCCAGCAAAACAAUGGUUUUCAUAACGCUUCUAGCGGUUCAUCUGGAGGUUCUUCAGGAAAAAAGAAGAAGGACAAACAGGAACAACUUGUAGAAAUGACUGCAUUGAACGCAAGAGUUAUCCGAGUAUGGUUUCAAAAUAAACGAUGCAAGGAUAAGAAACGGCAAAUCCAGAUGAGAGACAUGGCUGCGAAUGCUGAAAAGGUUUGUUCUCAGUUGAGUUUUUUGCCCUAA